CACACACACACACAAAAGCGCGCUAGCGUCCCCUCUGCACAUUUACGGGAAAAUGCCAACACAUAAUUUUUUUUACUUGUUAUCCAGCAGCGGGUUGCAUCUUUAAAGGACCCAGCGGAGCCUAAAGCGCACAUGGCGAAGUGUGGCUGCUCCGGUCCUGGAGGGGAUGGGUAUGGCAAGUCCGCUUCACUACUCUCCAACAUCCUCUCAUUCUGCCUCUUCUAUCGCUCCUUGCCAUACCCCUACCACAUGAGCAACAUUUAGCCAACACAUGUAUUUGUACGUUUUCCCCCAGACCGUUGCAUGCCAAACGUCUGGCGUAGGAAGGAAAAGUUUUGACAGCUUCUUUCUUGGUGUGACAGCCUUCCACAUUUCGUUGGAGUCUUGGUGGUGAAGCUUUUUCCACACACUACACCACUGUAAACUGCUUUGAUCUGUAUCUCCAUCCUGUUACCUGUGUGAAGUCUCUGGUCGUGCAGCUUAAAUAACGCACUCUGACCGGAGCGCUUUCUCCGACUUCACCUCACCGAGCCCGGGCAUCAUGAGAACCUGGAGGCGGCGGAAGAACUUUGCCUUUCUGCUCUUUGCUCUCCGCGUCUGGUGCCUGUCCACGGCGACGGAAAAUGCUGACAACACGCUUUACAAUACAAAGGAAGGAAGUAGUCCAGACAAGGCUAAACAGCGAGGGGAAGCAACCGAACCAGAACGCUAUGAGACCACAGUACCUCUGCUGCUGAAGGGCAAGGAGCGCAGACCUUUCUCCCAGCUCACGGCCGGGAGUUAUCCUCCGUCACUCCAGCUGCUGGUACGUGCAGAAGGUGAACAGUUGAUCCUGUUGCUGGAAAAAAAUGAGGGUCUUUUUGCAAGCCAUUACACUGAGACACAUUACCGGGAGGAUGGAAGUGCAGUCACCGGUGCUCACAACUUCACGAAUAACUGCUACUACCAUGGGAAAGUGCAAACGCAUCCAAACUCUGAUGUCACCCUCAGCACCUGCUCAAGCCUUCGAGGCUUCAUCGCGCUUGAAAACAAGACAUUUAUCAUUGAGCCGGUGUCUGGGCAUGACAACGGUGCCCACUUCAUCUAUCGAGUGGAAGAACUCACACUGACCCCAGGAGCCUGCGGCCACGGCUUCAACAUGUCCUCUGUUGCCCCUGAAAACCACAGCAAAAGCCCCUUUCAAUCCUUCCACACAAGGCAUAAAAGGCAGGCUCAGAAGACAACCAAGUACGUUGAGCUGAUCAUUGUUGCAGACAACAGAGAGUUUCAGAAACAGGGGAGGGAUGUGGAGAAGGUGAAACAGAGACUGGCAGAGAUAGCCAAUUACGUGGACAAGUUCUACAGGGCCCUGAACAUCCGGGUGGCCCUGGUGGGUCUGGAGGUGUGGAGUGACUCUGAUAAAUGUCCAAUCACCCAGGAUCCCUUCACCACCCUGCACGAGUUCCUAGAUUGGAGGAAAGUCAAACUGCUGCCGCAGAAACCUCACGACAAUGCUCAGCUCAUAAGCGGGGUUUACUUCCAGGGCACCACCAUUGGCAUGGCGCCCAUUAUGAGCAUGUGCACAGCUGAGCAGUCUGGCGGCAUUGUCAUGGAUCACUCUGAGAACCCACUGGGUGCAGCCGUGACUUUGGCACAUGAGCUUGGACACAAUUUUGGGAUGAACCACGACACCCCAGAGCGCGGCUGUGGCUGCAGGAUGACAGUUGACCGUGGAGGCUGCAUCAUGACCCCCUCCACAGGGUAUCCAUUCCCAACAGUGUUCAGUACAUGCAGUAAGAAGGACCUUGCUGCCAGUCUGGAGAAAGGUGUGGGCAUGUGUUUGGACAACAUGCCUGAGGUAAAGGUGCUUUACGGUGGCCAGAAGUGCGGCAACGGCUACGUGGAGGAGGGAGAAGAGUGUGACUGCGGGGAGCCAGAGGAAUGUAUGAACCCAUGCUGUAACGCCACCACAUGUACCCUCAAGGGAGACGCUGUGUGCGCCCACGGACAGUGCUGUGAAGACUGCAGGCUGAAACCAGCUGGCACCAUGUGUCGAGAUUCUAGUAACUCAUGUGACCUGCCAGAGUUUUGUACUGGUGCAAACCCUCACUGCCCAGCCAACGUUUAUCUGCAUGAUGGACAUGCCUGCCACAGCGUUGAAGGCUACUGCUACAAUGGCAUCUGCCAGACUCAUGAGCAACAAUGUAUCACCCUGUGGGGACCAGGAGCCAAGCCUGCCCCUGGGAUAUGCUUUGAGCGAGUCAACUCUGCAGGUGAUCCUUAUGGGAACUGUGGGAAGGACUCCAAAGGCUCCUUUGCCAAAUGUGAUGCAAGGGAUGCAAAAUGUGGUAAAAUUCAGUGCCAGGGAGGAGCCAACCGGCCAGUGAUCGGAACAAACGCCGUUUCCAUUGAAACCAACAUCCCGCUUCAAGAAGGAGGGCGUAUCCUGUGUCGAGGAACUCAUGUUUAUCUGGGCGAUGACAUGCCUGAUCCUGGGCUGGUUCUGGCUGGUACAAAGUGUGGAGACGGCAUGGUGUGCCUGAAUCGCGAGUGCCAGAAUGUCAGUGUCUUUGGUGUGCAUGAGUGCUCUGGGAAGUGCAAUGGACGUGGGGUGUGCAACAACAAGAUGAACUGCCACUGUGAAGCACACUGGGCCCCUCCGUUCUGUGGGAAAACAGGCUUCGGUGGGAGCAUCGACAGUGGGCCAAUGAGACUAGCAGAUGUGCGUGUGUGUGUAUUAAUGUGCGUGUUGUCAUAUAUGGCAUCAGCCGACAGUGUGGUCAUUACUGUGGCAAUCCUGGUUACCCUGGUCAGCCUUCUGGUAACCACCGUCAUCAUCUUUCUGAAGAGAAAGACUCUGCUGCGCCUCAUCUUCACCAAUAAGAAAAGCACCUUGGAGAAACUCAGAUCUGUGGAGGCCAACAGGCCAACCAGCCCCAUCAGGACUCAGUCCAUGUACAGGCCCACCCCACAGCGCAAGCCUCCACCCAAACCCUCUGCAGCCAACAUUUAUAAGCCAUCUCACCUAAGUGCAGAGCCUCUUCUGCCCCCACACAACUUCCACUCUCACAGCCUACGCAGGCUGCCCCUUUACCAGCCCUUACACAUCAGCCAGCCCAUGCCGGUGUCUCUGAGCGUGGGCCAGCCCACUCUGCCUCCUCUCCCAGCCCACCACAGGGUCCUGCCUGCCCACAAGUCCCUCUCACCACCUCGAGUGCCACCUUUUCUCAGUCUGCCUCGCCAGCAGUCAUCAUACAGAGUAGACCAGGACUUUGAGAAGCCCAGUCCACCUCAGAAACCCCUACCUGCAGAUCCACUAGGGAGGAGCUCUCAGCUGGGUCACAGUUUCACAGCCGGGGGGGUCCACAUCCCCGGAACUGGACCCCUCCCCAUACCUAUCCCCACUGUGCCCAGGCCUCCACCCACCAUCCCUUUACCCAGCAGACCUGUGCCGAUGUUGCCCUACAGACCACCAAAGACUCAUAAGGACUGCUGAGCUCUUGACAUCAUGGACGAGUAGAUCUCCUUCCAACAGACGGAGACUUUCUUGAUUUGCACUUAUUACUGAGACUCUGUAAGACCUUUUGGACAGUCGGAAGUAUCACAGAGUUUCCAAAGAAAGGGGGCUAACAUCACACCUCGGUGCUACGCUUCUAAAAGGUGCUUUGUUGCCCUCGCUCAGGUACCAAUCAACUAUUUAUGUAUUUAACUGCGAUAUUACCAGUUUGUGCACAGAGCACUCUGAUUAAGAGUGAUUUUUUUUUCCCCACGGAAAAGUUUAGAAAAGAAGAAACAUGGUGUAAUUUAGAAAAUUUCUUUUUCAUUAUUUGGUGAUUUUUUUAUACUUUUUUCUCAAAAAUCAAAAAUCUGAAAUAUAUGAUGUUUUUAUAACCAGUUAAGUUGCUUAAAUAAUUGAAGCGCAAAGACGUUUUGUUUUUGGACGAAAGGAUGAUAAAGGGAAAUGGAGCCCAAUUCUGCACAUUGUAGCUUUUACAUUUUUUUUUAUGAUGUAUUCAAUACCAAAUACGUCUUUUCUAUCCAUUUCGCCACAGUUCUACAAAGUAGAUACUAAUCAAAUCUUCUCUUUUUUUUUUUUUUUUUUUUUUAAAUACAGUGGACUCAUGUUAACCCCUCACACUGUUUUUAUUGUGGGAUUAAUCCGAUCCGCUCAUUUUACAGCCUCACAGUCAGGCUCUUUUAUUCCCUUAUAAGUUCACUUUUGCGGUGAAGUACUUAACAGGAAAAGUACUUUUUCACACAUUUCAGACUGGCUCUGACACACUGCUGUGAGCACGUGUUGGAUGCUCCACAUGUUCUCCUGAUACUGGCAGACACUGCAGAGUCUCAACAGAUUUGACAGACUGAUUGUGUUCCAGAGAAUUACACCAACACCAAAUAAUUCAACAUUAACUCUGGUGUUUGUAUGUUUAACGUUUACGCUCACUUUGUCCUUGAGUGCGCGAGCCAAGCAGGAUGACUUCAGUGCUGUGAGCUUUCCAAGCUCCUAUUCAACCUUGUCCAGCGAGAUAUUUUACCGUAUGUAUGUUUUUUUUGCCUUCAUAACAUUCCUUUUGGAUUUUGUAUGGUUUUCAUAUUCUUGAACUCUGAGAUUAUUCAUGCAUUCACAGCAUCGUUCAUUAGAUUCAGAGCUUGGCGUUGCACUUUAAGUUGCCACUUUUUAUGUUAUUUGUUGUUAACUUGCUGUUAUACAAGGAGGUAUUCAACUGGUAAAAACUUUACAGUGCAAUUCCUUUUCCUAUAUCAAAGUGUCCAAAUGUAGUCCUUGUCUUCUCACCACUGCAGAAUGGUUGAAGCCUGUAAAGCCCAGCAGAAGUGUGCAAGUAAUGCUUUUUCUUGUUUUAAAAGUGUUUAGAUGUGUUCAACAGUCAGUAACCGCUCUCCGCUGGAAACUAUUUGUUAGUGCUGUGUCGAUUAGUCGUUAAUUGUUUAUGCCAUUUGUAAAUCCUAAAUGUAUUAUGUUUAUUUGCAUAACUGUAUCAUGUUUAAAAACCAUUGUAAAGUGUAAAUAUUGUAUGUCAGUUAUCAUUUAUCUCCUUCUUGGUCCUUUUUUUUAAAUUUAUUUAUUGUUUUUUACAAGCACUUUGAGGUCGUGCCCCAUUUACACUGGGUGGUAAAAACAUGAUUUAGAAGAUUUCAACCUUUAACUUGUAGGCCAGAAACAGAGGUUUCAGGAUAACAUUUAAACUGAGAGAUUUUAUUUAUGAAAUCAAAGUCAAAUAAAAGUUCCUUCAUGACUGUUUAA